UUGGUUUCCAUUGAAAAUUCUUGUAACAUUUAUAAUGCAAGUAAUCUGAAUUUUGCAGGUUCCAAAGCCAGUGCUUCUGAGAAGUUUGUAUUACUUUGUGGUCCAUUUAUCUAUGAACUUGUCACAGUAUUCCCCAAAAUUUGGAGCUUCAAAUGAUUCAGAUAGGGAAAGCCAUCAGCCUAACUUCAAUCCAUCGUUUACUGAUAUUUGUACUCUUUCCAAUUUUCUCUUCAAAGAACUUUCUAAUAAGUUUGAACAGUUAUUCUCUGUAUCUGAAAGUGCUAGGCUGGAUUUGGAUAUUUUGGUCCAUCUAGAAGACUUGACUCUGCUGUUGAGAUGUUGUUUGGGCAUGCUGCGGUUGCUAAAAUUUAACCAUGGUUUUCUUUUGGAAAAAUGCAAGAUUCUUCUUGCAAUACUUGGCAAAUUAUGUUCUUUGGAUUUAAUGUUGCAUAUUUCAUGCAACCUGGGGGAUAGUGAGAAACAUGCAUUAAGGUUCAGAAGAUCAUUUUCACGUCAAUGUGUUUAUGCUAAUGAUAGUGGCUUCACCACAUAUGUUGAGGAGUACAAUGCUUCCAUGUGUAUUGUUGAACAAGCUGGUUCACCAAUUACUUUUCUUUGCUCACUGCUAGAGGUCUUUGUUGAUGAGCUUUUAUUGCAUAGAGAUUUGAGACAGUAUUUUAUGAUAGCAGAUUCUAUUUCUUCUGCGAGUGAAAAGCUAUUUGUGAGCCACAGCAGUCAUGAUGAUAGUGACGAUGUGCUGGAGGUGAUAUCUGCUCACUUUCUGCUAUCAUUUUCUGAUGAACAAGCUUCUAGCAAGUUACAUAAUGCCUCCCUCUGGUGGCACACCAAGGACUUGAGGACUUCCGAACUAAGCUUGACUGCAUCUCUUGCAUUGCUUGGCUCCCCUGUAAUAUCCUCUGCACCAAAAAUAAUCCAAGCACAUUUAAUUUUCAUGGUUUCUAGGGCUAUUGGUAUUAAUAUUACUCCCCAGAAUACAAGAUUAGAUCUCACCAUUAUGAAUUGUUACAUAUCAGCAUUAGAAAGAUCAAUCAUGCUGUACACUCAAAUCAUAUCUAGUUUACAAGUUGGUGAUGAUCUUAUUGGAGUUUACAUUGGGACAUUUUCUUCUGUUCGACCGACGACAUGGAAGAGAGGAUGGCAUCCAUCUUUUGAAUUUUAUAUUCGACCAGUCACAUAUAGUAAAGUUAAUCAUAAAAUUACUGAAUUGGCCUGUUCCCAACAUUCAUGUCUUUGUGAUCUCAACUCCAGAAAGAAGUCUGACUUACUGAAUGCCUCUAUUUCGUACAUGAAGGAUAAUCAAUCUGUUCUUGAUGAGUCAUCAAGAGAAGAGAUCCUGUCGAUUUUAAAUUGCAUAAUCUCAAGAAUUCUUUCUCAUGAAUUCGAAGGUACUGCAACUCACAAAAGUGGGUAUCUAGGUUUUGAAGAAGUUCAUCUUCUUGCUUCAACACUGAAGUUACUUAGCAGUUCACUGCUGCAAACUGUUUGGUUUAUGAAGCAAAAGGGGAGUUCAGAAUCCCAUAGAACUUUGAAAGAUUACUCAUGUUGUGAGGAGUAUGAAUUUAUAAUAGGCAUUAUUGGCUGCUUUCAACAGUGCUGUGUUAGUCAGCCUGUGCAAAAGCUCUUUCCUGAAGCAAUGGGAUCUUCCCAAAGUAGACAUAAGGAGUCCAAGCUGAUGUUUAUGCAUUUUGUGGGCUUGUUACUAUUCAGCUUUGGCAGAGAGCUAGAGUUCUUAUGGAAGGGAUGCAUAUUCAAUAUGAUGACACUGAUGAAUCUAUUUCUUUUUGAAGAGGGGAGUUUAGAUGCACUGAGGGAAUUGCUUGGAUUGGGAAAUCAAUCUUUCUCUUCCGGAUCUUCUAUAGAUAAAGUCCCACAGGUGAUUUUCCUUCAAUAUGAAAUUGAUGGUUUUAUAGUUAUUUUGCUGUCAAUCUAAAUUCUAUUAUCAAUG